CGUGCUCUCUUUCACUCUGGGAGGCCCAGUUAUCUCUUCCCUGGCAUCUGUCGCCCUGUGACCUGCAGGUUCUGGAGACCCUAAGGAGGGCCCGGGACACCCGGAAGCGGGAAAUGGACUCUGUGACUUUUGAGGAUGUGGCUGUGACCUUCACUGAGGAGGAGUGGACUUUGCUGGAUCCUUUUCAAAAGAAUCUCUACAGAGAUGUGAUGCAGGAGACUUUCAGAAACCUGGCUUCUAUAGGAAACAAACAGGAAGACCAGAUUAUUGAAGAUCAUUUCAAACAUGCUGGGAGAAACCUAAGAAGUCAUGUGGUAGAGAGAUUGUGUGAAAGUAAAGAAGGUAGUCAGUAUGGAGAAACCUUCAACCAGAAUCCAAAUCUUAAUCUGGAUAAGAAUAUCUCUACUCAAGUAAAACCGUGUGAAUGCAAUGUGUGUGGAAAAGUCUUCAUAUGUCAUUCAGCCCUUCAUAGACACAUCCUGUCUCACCCUGAACAUAAACUAUUUGAGUGUGAAGAAUGUCCAGAGAAGCUGUAUGAAUGUAAGCGAUGUGGGAAAGCUUUCAUCUCUUUCACAAGUGUUGAAAGACACAUGGUAACACACACUGCCAAUGAACCUUAUCUAUCUGCAGUAUAUGGGAAAGCCUUUAAUUUUCCCCAUUUAUUUCAAAUGUUUCGGAGCGCUCACAUUGAAGAGAAACCAUAUAAAUGUAAACACUGUGGGAAAACCUUCAAUUAUUCCAGUUACCUUCGUGAACAUGAAAGAACUCAUACUGGAGAGAAACCCUAUGCAUGUAAGGAAUGUGGAAAAUCAUUCACUUUUCCCAGUUCCCUUCGACAACAUGAAAGAACUCAUACUGGAGAGAAACCCUGUGAAUGUAAGGAAUGUGGGAAAUUAUUUACUUCUUCUAGUGCCCUUAGAAGCCACGAAAGAACUCAUACUGCAGAAAAACCCUAUGAAUGUACAAAAUGUAGCAAAGUCUUCAGAUAUUCCAAAGUUCUUCGAGUACAUGAAAGGACUCACAGUGGAGAAAAGCCCUAUGAGUGUAAGCAAUGUGGGAAAGCCUUCAAAUAUUCCAGUAACCUUUGUGAACAUGAAAGAACUCAUACUGGAGAGAAACCCUAUGGAUGUAAGGAAUGUAAUAAAUCAUUUACUACUUCUAGUGCUCUUCGAAGUCAUGAAAGAACACAUACUGGAGAGAAACCCUAUGAAUGUAAGAAAUGUGGUAAAGCCUUCAGUUUUUCCAGUUCCCUUAGAAAACAUGAGAAAUCUUACAUGUGGUGAAAAACGUCAUGAAUGUAAGAAAUGUGGUGGCUGGGCUUGGUGGCUCAGCCUG